GAAUGCGUUGUGGUACGCCGGGUGGAAGAAAAUAGCUGAGUGCUACAAAAUUGAUCUCAAUUCUGUGAGAAUACUGCUUAAUAAGAGAAUUAUACUGAUCUUUUCCAACCAAAGGAGGUGGUUAGUGUCACUAAGGUUCGUGAGAGGGCAGCAACUGUCUUCCCCCGCCCGUGGCACCGCCCUCACCUCCCCCCUGCUGUCAAUCAGAAAGAGGAACCCAGUUCCCCCGGCAGAGCGCCGAGCUACGCCACAGCCCAGCGGCGGCCAUUCGCGGAAAAAUAGGCCGGCCUUCUCCCAGCUUCAGCCAGCCUCUCUAAUCCACACCGACCGGCCUUUUUUUCCCUAACUCCUCUUUGCUGUUUUUAUUAAUGCGGGAUGAGCGAUCAAAAGAACGAAACUAUGGCCACGGAAGGAGGGAAAUCAUCUGGUCCGGAUUGCAAUAAAAAAAGCAAAACUCCAGGAUCACAGGAUUCACAGACAUCUCCUCUAGCCUUGCUGGCAGCCACAUGCAGCAAAAUUGGAACUCCUGGGGAAAGUCAGGCAGCUGCAUCACAACAGAUCAUCAUUGACCCGGGCCAAGGCUUAGUGCAACUUCAGAAUCAGCCACAGCAGUUGGAGUUAGUAACAGCUCCUUUUGGUGGAAACACCUGGCAAAUUGUUGCUACAUCACCUUCUGUAUCAAAAGACAACAGUGUUGCUGCUCAGCAAGGAGUUAGUACAGUUGCAGUUACAUCUACCACAAAUAGCACAAAUGCUACAUCUCCAACAAAGGCCAAAACUGCAGUUUCGGCUACCACUCCAGGUCAGUUUCAAGUCAUACAGCUGCAAAACUUUCAGGGUCCGGGUGGUACUGUUCAGUACCAAGUAAUUCCACAGAUUCAAACACUGGAGGGUCAGCAGAUUCAGAUAAGCUCCGCUAGCAGUGCACCAGUAAAUGUGCAGCAAGAUUUGCAAGGCCCGUUUCAAAUCAUUCCAGCUGGAAGCAACCAAGCCAUAAUCACCACUGCUAACAGGACAAGUUCUGGAAAUGUAAUUUCACAGAAUUUAGCAGGUCAGACUGUCCCUGUCCAGAUCCGUCCAGGAGUGUCUAUUCCAUUGCAACUGCAGGCUAUUUCUGGGGCUCAGACUCAAGUAGUGACCGCUUUGCCUAUUAAUAUUGGUGGAAUGACACUUGCCCUGCCUGUAUUAAAUAGUGUGGCCACAGGAGGAGGGUCUACACAACUUAUUCAGUCUUCUGAUGCUGGAGAUGCUAAUGGAAAUCAGCUGGUGUCCACUCCUAUCACAACCGCAUCUGUCAGUACAGUUCCUGAAACACUUACUUCUACUUGCACAACCACUGCCUCCACAUCAUUGUCUGGCAGCGACACACUAGUGAGCUGCACAGAAGCAACUCAGUACACGUCAACCAGUUCUGAUUCUACAGCAGAAGAUUUGCAAGUAACUACGGCAGAUACUGAAGUGCAAAAUUCAAGUCCAGUUCCAGUUCAUUCUAAUGGACUUCAGAAUGCACAAGAUCAAGCAAACCAGCUUCAGCAGGUGCACAUUGUAGGUCAGCCAGUACUGCAGCAAAUACAGAUACAGCAGCCACAACAACAGAUCAUUCAAGCUAUUCCACAGCAGUCACUUCAGCUCCAACCAGGACAGACAAUACAAGCAAUCCAGCAGCAACCUUUACAGAAUGUGCAGCUGCAGGCAGUGCAAAGUCCCACUCAGGUUCUCAUUCGGGCUCCAACACUGACUCCUUCUGGUCAAAUAACUUGGCAGACAAUACAAGUGCAGAACAUCCAGAGUCUUUCUAACCUUCAGGUUCAGAAUGCUGGUGUUCCCCAACAACUGACACUCACUCCGGUGUCUUCAAGUACAACAGGUAGCACAAUAGCCCAGAUUACACCUGUUGCUGUUGCUGGGACACCAAUUACAUUAAAUGCUGCUCAGAUUGCUUCAGUGCCUAGCCUUCAGACUGUGAGUGUUGCCAACCUCAGUGCUGCAGGUGUUCAAGUGCAAGGACUUCCUGUCACCAUAACCAGCAUAGCAGGUCAGCAGCCUGGUCAAGAUGGAGGACUGAAAGUGCAGCCAUCUACAGUGACUCCAGUAACUGUAGCAGUAGGAAACAUUGCAAAUGCAACCAUUAGUGCUGUUAGCCCAGACCAGAUAACACAGUUGCAGCAGGCACAGCAGGCAUCAGAUCAGGAAGUGCAGCCUGGGAAGAGAUUAAGAAGAGUUGCUUGUUCAUGUCCUAAUUGUCGAGAAGGAGAAGCAAGGGGUAGCAGUGAACCAGGAAAAAAGAAACAACAUAUCUGCCAUAUUGAGGGAUGUGGGAAAGUGUACGGGAAAACCUCUCACCUCAGAGCUCACCUGCGUUGGCAUACAGGAGAAAGGCCAUUUGUGUGCAACUGGAUCUUUUGUGGUAAAAGGUUUACAAGAAGUGAUGAGCUCCAAAGACACAGGAGAACCCACACAGGUGAAAAAAGAUUUGAAUGCCCAGAGUGUUCCAAACGGUUUAUGCGUAGUGACCAUUUAUCGAAGCACAUCAAAACACAUCAGAACAAAAAGGGAGGUGGAGCAGCCCUAGCCAUAGUUACUUCAGAACUAGAUUCGUCUACUGUUGCAGAGGUUCUGGGCUCUCCAAGGAUUGUCAGUGUUUCCUCUAUUUCUCAGGACUCAAAUCCAGCAACCCCCACUGUAUCAAACAACGUUGAAGAGUUCUGAAGUUCUCCCCUGGUGGGCAGAGCUAAUAUUGCACUUAACAUUUACUUGCCUUUCAAAAUAAAAAGUGGGCUGGUGAAAUGGAAAAGCAGCUCACACUGUGGUUUUAUAGGUUUGUAUUGUGUUUGUAAAAAAAAAAAAAAAAGAUUCCCUUUAAAAUAUUUUAAAAUAUUCAUCCUGUGUUUUUUUCAGGAGUUUUUUAAGGAAAAAAAAGUGAAAUAGUCAAUCAUGUUUGCACUUAGGGUAGACCCUUGUGGCAUAUACAUAUAGAUAAAAAAUUAUAUAUGUAUAUAUAUAUAUAUAUAUAAAUCUAAAAUAUAUGUUGACUAUUAAAAGAAAACUUCAAUUAAUAAAUCAGAAGUUUUGCACUGUGGUUAGAUAUUUCACAUUUAUAAAAAAAUCUUUGUUUUUGCUUUGUUUUGUAAAAUUCAGUCCUUUCUAUUGUAUUUUGUACAUUUUAUUUAAUGUACGUUUGUCUACGACUUUCAGAAAAGUCAGCAACCAACUAUUGUGUUGAAUUUAACACACAGCAUCAAAUGCAACGUUGUUUUAUUUAAUGUUAUUAUGUGACAAAAUCGCCUAAACUGUUGUGUGGUGACAUUAGUGGUAUUUAAUGGUGACAUUAGUGAAACAGUUUGAUAAAGUAACACAGUGGAUUGUUGUAUAUAGACAUUCAGGGCCGAAAAGGACCAUUGUUCACAUGUUAGAAUGACCUUGAUAUGAACUCUAAUCUACAUAUUGGCGGUUUUGUAGCAGAAACAAAAUACAAACAUGAAUCCCUCAUGUGUGUUGCCAUGUAUGAGUAUUAGUUUCCUGAAUUUCAGAAAUGUAAACACGAUUUUAGACCACUGGAUCAUUAAAGUGUUUGUUCUGAUAUAGUUUAUGCAGUUGUAUCCCAUCUGAGGCACUUUUUUUGUCUUUGUGGCAUGGAUAUAUGCACUCCUUUCUCUUGUGGAUAAAAUGUAUUUAAUUUGCCAUUAUUUUUAUUAUUAAAUUAUGUGUCUUA